AUAACAUUGUUGUUAAACAUACACUACAUAAUUAAUAACUGUCAAACUAAUUGACAAAACAAACAAUUUAAAAGAAAAAUACAAAGAUGACAUCUAAGGAAAAAGUAACAAUUUUAGAUGGUGGAUUUUCAUCCCAGUUGUCAAAGCACAUGGACACAAAUUUUGAUAAAGAUCCAUUGUGGACAGCUCGUUUGUUAAAAACAUCACCUGAGGUAAUUAUUGCAACUCAUCUUGAUUAUCUUCGUGCAGGUUCAGAGAUCAUUGAAACAAAUACCUAUCAAGCAUCAAUAAAAGGAUUCACAGAUCAUUUGCAAUUAACAGAAGAAGAAAGUUUUGAUUUAAUUAAAAAAGCUGUUCAUCUUGCAAAAGAAGCUAUUAAUUUAUUUUACAAUGAACGAAAAUUGAUAACAGAUGAUUCAAAUGAAUAUAAACCACUUGUAGCAGGUUCUUGUGGUCCUUAUGGAGCUUUUCUACAUGAUAGAUCAGAGUAUACUGGUAGUUAUCAUAAAAAUGUAUCAAAAGAUUUAUUAAAAAAUUGGCAUAAAAGUAGAGUAGAUGCUCUUGUUGAUGGUGGUGUUGAUAUAUUGGCUUUUGAGACAAUACCUUGUGAACUUGAAGCACAAGCAAUUGUUGAAUUACUCAAAGAUUAUCCCAACACAAAAGCCUGGAUAAGUUUCUCAUGUAGCUCUGAUGGUAAAUCUAUUGUUGAUGGAAGUAAUUUUAAAACAGUUGCAUGUUAUUGUUAUGAAAGUAGUAUACCUGGACAAAUUAUUGCUGUUGGUAUAAAUUGUAUUGCACCAAGUAUUGUAUCAUCAUUUUUUAAAGAUAUCAAUGGUACUGAUAAAUCAUUUGUACCAUUGAUUGUUUAUCCAAACUCAGGAGAAACUUGGACACUAGAAACUCAAUGGCAAAAAACUGGCAAUGAACCAUCUAUCAAUGAUUUUGUUGAUGAAUGGCUGGAUCUUGGUGUCAGAUUUAUUGGUAGUUGUUGCAGAACUUAUGCUGAAGAUAUUACCAGUAUCAAGAAAAAGGUCCAAGCAUGGCAACAAGUUCAUACAGAGACUUCAUCUUGAUUGAUGAUUACUACUGGCUCAUCAUUAUAAUUUUGGCAUUUACUCUUCUUGUUUUUUAUCAUUAUAAAUACCUAUAUAAAUAAAAAAUUAAUAUUAAUUAUUAUGUACAAUUUGAUACCUAUAUUCCUCUUGUUGUUAAUUUGUUAUUGUUUACUUUUUGAUACAUAAACAAAAAAAUUAUAAGCGCAGAAAAAAUGCGCAGUGCAUGCCGAUAAUAA